CGUAUGAUGAGAUCAGGCCAGUGUUUUGGAAAUCUGAUGAACAACAAAUAGGUGGCUUAAUUUGGGGAAAGUCAGGAGAUUUUGUCCGUUAUAUCCCGUGUUUUGCUCUACUACUUAAAAAUCAACACAAUGGCAAGAUGUAUGAGCAACAUUCGAUAAUCUACACAACGUGUGUCUGAAUUGUCCUUUUCCCAACCUCCUUUUAGGAGCAGUUGAUAGGCUUGGCCAUAUCCAGUUGGCCAUUCAUUGUGCUGUUACUGUUGUGACAGUUCAGCAUGAGUAGCACUGAUUCUCACCCCAAAGGGGAUGACUCUGACUUGGAUGCUCCAGUAGACUUACUGACCAAGGAGUUUCCAUCAGUGACAGUUCUACCACAGAAGAGCAUUGCUCGCACCAGACAGAACAUUCUUUCAAAGCCUGAACAUUCAUCGUCAUCAACCAUUGAUGGCGACCAAGGCUCUCUGGACAGUGACAAGUUUUCCGAUGCUGAGGAGGAGCUGCCGUCAACCAGCCGGGCAGGACUCCAACAGCAAGAGGUUGGCAAACUACUUGAGGAUUCUGACAUCCAGCCUCUGAGUGAGCCCAGAGAGCCUCCCCAGGAGUUGUCUGCUGCACGGUCAGCGCGGCUAGAGAUCAUGUCUGUGUGCAGCCGUGCAGCUGAGCAGGCAGAGGAGUUUGUCCACAAAGUGUGGGAGGCAGGUUGGCGGGUUGUGCACCACCACUCCCUGCCCAACUGGCUUCGUGACAACGACUUCUUACUCAGUGGCCAUAGACCCCCAACUAACUCCUUCUGUGCCUGCUUUAAGUCCAUCUUCAAAAUACACACUGAAACAGGAAAUAUAUGGACACAUUUACUAGGUAUGAUUGCUUUCCUUGGCAUUGCAACUUACUUUCUAACCCGGCCAUCCGUGGAGAUCCAGUGGCAGGAGAAAGCUGUUUUCUCAGCCUUCUUCGCAGGAGCAAUCCUCUGUCUAGGCUUUUCCUGGAUAUUUCACACUGUCUACUGCCACUCAGAGAAAGUUGGCAAGUUGUUUAACAAAUUAGACUACUGUGGCAUAGCUCUUCUAACAAUGGGGUCAUUUGUACCAUGGCUCUAUUAUAGCUUUUACUGUCGCAUUGAACCAAAGAUAGCUUAUCUAGUGCUGAUAUUUGUGCUGGGAACAUGUUGCAUUGUUGUGUCCCUUUGGGACAAGUUCAGUCAACCUGAGUUCCGAGUUGUCAGAGCAGGUAUGUUUAUAGGCCUCGGCUUGAGUGGGGUGAUACCUGCUCUGCACUACGUGAUAACAGACGGAUUUUACCAUGCCAUCAACAAAGCUUCUUUGGGCUGGUUGGUCCUCAUGGCUUUCCUUUACAUUGCCGGUGCCGUCAUUUAUGCUGUUCGCAUUCCAGAGAGGCUCUUCCCUGGAAAAUUUGACAUCUGGGGCCAGAGCCAUCAGAUCUUUCAUGUGUUUGUUGUGGCAGCAGCCUUUGUACAUUACCACGGAAUCUCAGAAAUUGCCAACUACAGACUAACACUCGGAGACUGCUUGGAUGCAGAAUUGGAAUAAAGUUACCUCUGCAAGUGUGCACCUGGAUUAUAAUAGUUUGGAGUUAAGCUGCACAGUUGCUAUAGAAUUGUGGUGUGUUUCUGAUUAAUUGCAGAAUGUAUGAAUCUUAGUGUCCAUGAAAGCUUAAGUUUUGAUGAAAGAUUUUGCAAGCAUGUAUCUGUUUUGAAAUGGUUUGGAACUGUGCUGAAAUUGGUGUAAGACAGUAUAAGCUAGAAUCUUUUCUGGCCAACUUUGGUGCCAGUUCUGAUAUUAUGCUGCGUGCAACAUAUGUCUAGGUGUGGAAGCAUAGGAUCAUGUUCCAGCGAACGAAGGUUCACAGCUGGCAGGAGGAAUCAACCUCACAACCAUACAUGCCCUCACUGUUUAUCACAUUUUCACCAAGUGACUUGCCACAUUGUAAAUAAUUUUAUGUUAAACGUAUAUGGAUAAAUAAUAUGUCUAGGAGAUUUUCUAUUUGAUAGAUAGCAUGAAUUGCCCAGGAUAUAUUCUUUUGUAUAAGAAGUAUUUUGUAAGGCUUAAAAUAGAUUUCUUGACCAAGCAGAUUGUUGGUAUGAAAAUUGUUCAUUCUGCCAUGUGCUGUUCAUGAAGAUCAAGCAAGACAUCCCAACACAACUGUACUAUAUGUUUAUUAAUUUGAAUCAGUCAUGGAGUUAGUUUUUAUUUUAAAAAAGCAGACCUGAUUGCUGCAGUUUUGUUUCACUUACCUGUUUCCUUUUGUAAUGCCUGGAAUUCCUCUUAAAUGGUAUUGAGUAUUGUUUUGUAACUGUCUUUGUAUUUGUAAACUGUCAUGUACAAGUAGCACUGGGGAUGGCCCUGAAGUUCUGUCCAGCAUUUUGUUGUUCCAUGUAAUAUGAAUAACUUUAUUAUAUCUGCCGGUUGUUCUCAAUAUGUCGUAAGAAGAGAAUCUGGAUCGUUAGCAUCUUUGAAAUAACUAGUUGACCACCAGUCUUUCAAGGGAAUAUCUGACAGCAGUGUUUCUUUCCCACGUCAUGGUGUCCGAACAUGCCAGACAUUGAUAAUUGUUAAUAGGUGAUACAUUUUAUGAAUUCUGUAUAUACCUUUAAAAAGAAAAAGGAAAAUUAAGAGACAAAAAUCACAAUUAAAAAAAAAUUGCAGUCUUACUCUUAAUUUUUUAAGUCUGAUGCCACCAAUAAUAAUUUAAAGUGCUGUUAACCUUUUGAGUUUUCUUUUGUUUUUAAUGUUUGUAGGUCAUCCAGUGAUUUUAAAUUUAUUGAGAGCCUGUGAGAAUUCAUUGUCUAGUCUUUCGGUCAUGCAGGUUCUUUUAUUAUUUUUAUUAAUGUGCAUUUCUGUUUAGGCCUAUCACUGGAUAACAUAAAAAAGAAUGCAAACUUUUUGAAAAUUCUGUUGCAAAUCAAGGUGGCUUCCUAUUUACCUGCCCUUAUUUGUAUUUAUGUUUUGAUGAAGAGAUGCAAAUCUGAUUCCAUUGCAUUUGACUUCAAAAGUGUAUUGUUUUAGUCCUUAUAAGAUUGAAUAUAUUCAUUGUACCAAUGUUGUAUCAGAUUGGGUAUAUAGUGGCAAGUAGCCAUCCAAUCCAAUAAAAUAACGUAAACGUUGAUACGAUUUCCGUGAUGAAACCAGUAAAGCUGCAGGCAUAAGAGGGCAGUGUUUUGGUUGAGAUUGUGAAACGAAUAUCCCAUAGUUAAAGCACAUGUAGGGGGAAAGUGGUCUUGAUUUUAAUCUUUGCACAGGACCAUUGGUUGGAAUUAAAGUGUU